GCCCGGCCGGUCCCGCCGCCCCCGCCCCGCGCAGGAAAACGAAAGGCCGGGCUUGGCUCCGGCACCUGCCCCUGCGGCUCCGCCGGCCGCUCCUCCGGCCGAAAGGGAAAAGGGCUGACCCAAGGACCAUUUCAUCCUGCAGGGUCUGCACAGGCUUGUUCCUGAGGGGAAACAUGUCUGAGAUUGACUAUGAGAAGCUGGCUGAAAUAGAGCUGCAGAAGGAUGAAGCAGACGACACCCAGGCAGGGCAGGAAGAGACAUUUACACCUCCACCACCCGAGGAUCCUGAGCUGAACAUCAAUCACCCCUAUUAUGAUGUUGCAAGGCAUGGCAUCAUCCAGCUGGCAGGCGAUGACAGCUCCGGAAGGAAGGUGAUCACCUUCAGCUGCUGCCGCAUGCCCCCCUCCCAUCAGCUCAACCACACCAGGCUGCUGGAGUACUUGAAGUACACCCUGGACCAGUAUGUAGAGAAUGAUUAUACGGUUGUCUACUUCCACUAUGGCCUGAAGAGCCUGAAUAAACCAUCUCUGAAAUGGUUGCAAACAGCCUACAAGGAGUUUGACAGGAAGUAUAAGAAAAACCUUAAAGCCCUCUAUGUUGUACAUCCAACCAACUUCAUAAAAAUCCUGUGGAAUAUCUUUAAACCUCUUAUAAGCCAUAAGUUUGGGAAAAAGGUCACCUACUUGAACUAUUUAAGUGACCUGGCAGAACACCUCAAAUACGACCAGCUAAAUAUCCCUCAGGAAGUCAUCCGACAUGAUGAAAACCUUCGGAGGAAACAGAAGGGAAAACUGCCACCUGUGGUUAAGGUUCCUCCACCACGGCCACCUCUACCUACCCAGCAAUUUGGAGUCAGCCUGCAAUAUAUCAAGGACAAAAACAAAGGUGAACUAAUCCCCCCAGUAAUGAAGGAAACCGUAUCCUACCUAAAAAGUAAAGGACUACAAGUAGAGGGCCUCUUCAGAAGGUCAGCCAGCUUCCAGACCAUCAAAGAUGUGCAGAAACUCUACAAUCAGGGCAAAUCUGUGAAUUUUGAUGACUAUCAUGAUAUCCAUAUUCCUGCUGUUAUCCUGAAGACUUUCCUUAGGGAACUCCCCCAGCCACUGCUAACAUUUGACUGUUACGAUCACAUCCUUGGAAUCACCAGUGUGGAGAGCUGUUUGAGAGUCACCAGGUGCAAACAAAUCAUUCAGGGGCUUCCCGAGCACAACUACAUCGUCCUGAAAUACCUGAUGUGCUUCCUCCACAUGGUUUCCCAGGAGAGCAUCUACAACAGAAUGACAGCAUCCAGCCUGGCCUGUGUCUUCGGCUUGAAUCUGAUCUGGCCCUCGAAAGGAACCGCCUCCCUGAGUGCUCUGGUGCCUCUGAACCUCUUCACUGAGCUGCUGAUAGAUUUCUACACGAAUAUCUUCAACUCCCGGACAGUGCCUGGGGAGGUCUUACCUUAAUGCUCCCAGAGGGGAGGAUGGACUAAAGCUCCUGUGCCUCAGCUGGAGCGACAUUUCUGUUCAGGGCGCUCUCUCCUGCGAAGAAAAUUUUCAGUACAGGGUAAAGUUUCUACAUCUUCCCAAAUACCAAAGAUGCUGGGAGAAGCACAGUGCCCUGUAUGUUCUCAUCACAUGGGGAGAAUAUGAACAUGAACAUUCAGUGACCAACAUGUCAAAGUGAAUCCCCUUAUUAAACUCGAGCAUCUGGCAAAAACUGUUAAAAAACCCCCAUGACUCCACAUGCCAGUCUGUCAUUUCUUGGGGAUCUGGAGACAUUACUAUGUGACAUUAUUUUCUGCAUGGGCAGAGCCAAGUUCUGGACCACUCCUGAAUGUACAUAUUUCUUUUUUUUUUGUUUUGUUUUUUUUUAUUUGAAUACAAGUUUGUUAGACAUUUCCCCGUUAAGUUAAUAAAGGAGGAAUCAAUUUUUAAGU